AUGAUAGUUCGAUAUUUCCUCUUUGGAUUAUUGUUAUUGUUAUUGAAUGUGUCUGCGGAUCCAAUCAGUUUAGCAGUAGGUAAUUUUUUCAUGUUUCAAAAUGCAAGACAUCAAUUAUUUUUAGGUGCGGUAGCUUCAGCUGGAUUGGGUGGAAUGUGGAUAUGGAAAAACACAGUGAAGUGCAAGUUUUAUGAAUGUUGUCAAGAGCCGGAUGUUUUUCUGAAAAGUUACAGUGAGUUAUUUUUGAAAUGUACAAUCAUUGUUUUUAUUCUUUCAAAAAAUGUUCCUGUUAUUCAGAACUCGAGCAAGAUAUCGAAAAAUAUUUGUUUGGCCAACAUCUUGUCAAAGAUAUUGUAGUCAAUUCAAUUCGUGCUCAUUGGAAAAAUCCGAAUCCAACAAAGCCGUUAGUUCUAUCAUUCCACGGUUCUACAGGUUCAGGCAAAAAUUAUGUUUCUGAAAUCAUUGCGAAUAACACAUAUAAAUAUGGUCUGAAAAGUCAAUAUGUCAAGCAUAUUGUUGCAACAAAAGAUUUCCCAGAUAAAACAAGAAUGGAUGAUUAUCAAACUAAAUUAUCAGAAAUAAUUGAGAAUGCUUUAGCGAAGUGUGCAAGAACUUUGUUCAUUUUUGAUGAAACUGAUAAGUUACCAGUUCAAUUGUUGCAAAUUAUAAAACCAUAUCUCGAUUAUCAUGCGUCAGAUGAAUUAGAUUCGCGGAGAAGUAUUUUCAUUUUUCUGAGGUUUGUUUAUUCACAAAGUUAAAUUAAUACUCAUUUUAUUCCAGUAACAAAGGUGGAAGUCGUAUUGCAGCUUUGACACUUGAACAAUAUGAAUCAGAAAAACCACGAGAAGAAUUGAAACUCGAACAAUUUGAAAAAGAUCUAAUGGAUUAUUCAUUUAAUGAAGAAGGUGGACUACAAAUGAGUGAAUUGAUAAAACGACAACUUAUUGAUCAUUUUGUCCCAUUUUUACCACUUCAACAAGAACAUGUCAAAAAAUGUAUUGAAGCGUAUUUGAUAAAACGAAAUAGACAAGAUUUGAUUCAUAAUGUUGAAGUUAUCACGAAGAUUUUGAAUGGCUUGCAGGUAAUUUUUCUAGAUAGUAUUUUUUCUAAGUCCAUAAUUUUCAGUAUUAUCCACCGACUUCAAAAGCCUUCUCUUCUUCUGGUUGUAAACGUGUCGAUGCAAAAACUGAUCUAGAAAUUGAACGGAAUUAUGAAAUACGACGCUCAACAAAAGAAGAUCUAUGA